CGCUGCUCGUGCGCAGGGAGGCGGGCAGCAUGGCGGAGGGCGGCGCCGUGGUGUCGGCCGUGGCGCCCGUGGACCCCGCGCCGCCGGCCGACCGCCGCCUGCAGCUGCAGCCGCAGGCCUCCACGGUGUGGUCGCGCCGCCAGCAGGCCGUGUCCGUGCGCCACGCCUUCAAGCAGUACGGCUCCAAGAAGAACCCCAACCAAGUGCUGAGCAACCUCAACAUGACGGUCGCCAAGGGCACCAUUUAUGGUCUGCUUGGAGCUAGUGGGUGUGGAAAAACCACAUUACUGAGCUGUAUCGUAGGACGACGACGGCUGGACACGGGUGAAAUCUAUGUUCUGGGUGGCAAGCCAGGCACUCGUGGUAGUGGUGUUCCUGGUCGGCGUGUUGGCUACAUGCCACAGGAAAUCGCAUUGUAUGGUGAAUUUUCUAUUCGUGAAACAAUGCUGUAUUUUGGAUGGAUUUUUAGUAUGUCAACUGAUGAGGUUGAAAAACGACUCCAAUUUCUGUUGGACUUCCUUGACCUUCCAGGAGCCAAUCGGCUGGUGAAAAAUCUAAGUGGUGGUCAACAACGACGUGUGUCAUUUGCUGUGGCAUUAAUGCAUGAUCCAGAGCUACUGAUCUUGGAUGAACCCACCGUUGGUGUUGAUCCACUUUUGCGCCAGAGUAUAUGGAACCAUUUGGUGCAAAUAACAAAAGAUGGCAACAAAACUGUAAUUAUUACAACACAUUAUAUUGAAGAAGCAAGACAAGCCCAUACUAUUGGUUUAAUGCGAAGCGGUUAUCUGCUGGCUGAAGAAUCACCACAUGUUUUGUUAUCUAUGUACAAUUGUCAGUCUUUGGAAGAGGUUUUCCUGAAAUUAAGUAGAAAGCAAGGAGGUGGAAAUUCAAACAUGCCUGAAUUCAAUAUUUCCAACAACAUUUCUUUGGCAUCAUUACACUGGGGUCGUAAGGAUGAUCCUGUAUACGUUAUUGAAGAUAGUGGAGUUGUUGGAUUAAAUUUUCAUCAAUCAAAAGAAGUUCUUAUCCAAGAUUCAACAAAUGGUGUGGGAUACCAUGAAAUGAAUGGAACUGGAAAAGCUGGAAAAGGAGAAUCUCCUGUUGAUUGUGAAGAAUGUAGUAAUUGCAGUGAUUUUUGCAAACUCACCACUCGAGGAAAGUUAAGAGCUCUCUUAACAAAAAAUUUUCUUAGAAUGUGGAGAAAUGUUGGGGUCAUGUUGUUCAUCUUUGCUUUGCCAGUUAUGCAAGUCAUACUUUUCUGCUUAGCUAUUGGUAGAGACCCAACUGGAUUAAGACUCGCAAUUGUGAAUCAUGAAGUCAUGGAUUAUCGUUCAGAAUGCCCUAUUGAAUAUGGAUGUAGUUUCAAAAAUUUAAGUUGUCGAUACUUACAACACUUGAAAAAUUCUACUAUAGUAAAAGAAUAUUAUGAAACACCUGAGAGUGCAAUAGAAGCCGUUAGAAUAGGGGAUGCCUGGGGUGCUCUGUACUUCACUGAAAAUUUCACUGAUGCUCUAGUUGCCCGCAUGUUAUUAGGUCGAGAAGCUGAUGAUGAAACAUUGGAUCAAAGUGAAAUCAGAGUGUGGCUUGAUAUGUCAAAUCAGCAAAUAGGUUUGAUGCUUAAUCGAGAUCUCCAAUUUUCAUACAGAGAUUUUGCUCAAAAUCUUCUGACUGACUGUGGGGAAAAUCCAAAACUAGCAGAUGUUCCCAUUCAGUUCCGGGAACCAAUUUAUGGCAGCAACGACCCUAGCUUCACAGACUUUGUUGCACCUGGUGUAAUUUUGACAAUUGUAUUUUUCUUGGCUGUUGCUCUGACUUCAUCAGCUCUUAUCAUAGAAAGAAUGGAAGGUCUCUUGGAUAGAAGUUGGGUUGCAGGAGUGACACCAUUUGAGAUCCUCUUCUCUCAUGUUUUGACCCAAUUUUGUGUUAUGUGUGGACAAACCGCAUUGGUUCUAAUAUUUAUGAUAUUGGUAUUUGGUGUGGAAUGCAAAGGUGACGUGGGUUGGGUCAUUAUCCUAACUAUCUUGCAAGGAUUGUGUGGCAUGUGCUUCGGAUUUUUGAUAUCUGCAGUGUGUGAACUGGAAAGAAAUGCUAUCCAAUUGGCUUUAGGAAGCUUUUAUCCAACGUUGCUGCUUAGUGGUGUUAUAUGGCCAGUAGAAGGAAUGCCAAUUGUUCUGAGAUACAUAAGUUUAGGUCUUCCAUUGACAAUGGCCACCACUUCUCUUCGAAGUAUGCUUACACGAGGAUGGUCAAUCAUUGAGCCAGAUGUAUAUAAUGGUUUCCUAGCAACAAUAAUUUGGAUAGUUCUAUUCUUGACCUUUAGUAUGAUAGCACUAAAAUCUAAGCGAGGCUGAACAAGGUAUUUUUAAUAUUAGUCAUUUGUGCCAAAUAGCAAAUAAAAUGUUUUUCUCUUGGCACAAAUAUAAAUAAUUUGCAUUACAGUUUAUGAACUUAUAAUGGGUGUUGAAUGGACUGUAAUUGCAACAUGUUAUGCAGUCAGUCAAUGAUUGAACUAGUAGCUAACAUCCAUUUGCAAAUAAUGUGAAUCAGACUGCAUGUGAGUGGAAAAAUCAGUAGAUUUGUGACACUGAUGAACACUUUGAAGGACUGAAUUAUAAAUGGACUGAAGCAGUCAAGAGAUUGCAUUUGGCUUCAGCAAAUUCUAUUAUUAUAUUUGCAUCCAAGAAACUGAUUUCCAAGAGGUGCUCUACUGAAGGAAACUUUGAUUGAGAGUGAAAAGUGUCUGUAGUAGCUGAACAUUUAUAGGACUGUUAUACAAAUGGACCAAGUGAUUAUUGAAUGUAUUUAGUGACUGACAUUUAGCACAAGAAACAAUCUGUUUAAGCUGUCAAUCAAAAUGUCUACUCCCUUUGACUACUGAGUUUCUUGAUCAUAGAGUGCACUUGGCUUUCUUCCAAGCACCACCUUCCCUUAUUUUGUUUUUGUGAGCCAUAUUAUCUGUUGAAUGGGUAAGAGUUAAUAAUUGUAAUAAUUAUAAAAGUAUAAAAAUGUGAGGCAGAAAAAAAGAAGACAAAACAAGCAAGUGAGAGGAAUGCCAGUUGAGAAGAUUUUCAUUAAAUUUGUUAAUAAUUAUUCAAAUGAAUAAGAUUGGAAACAAAUGAACUUUCUGAGCACAAAUGGAGGCAAUAAUUUAUUGUUUUUAAAUUUUUUCAGUUUAUAAAGUGGCCAUAUUACUGUUUUCAAAUUUAAUUCAGUUUAUAGAGUGGCAAGGUGUGACUACAAUUAGUUCAUUUGGAUCUUAUGAUUUUCUUUCAAUUUUAUCCAAUAAAAGAAAAUAAUUUUUCUAAAUGCAUAGUUCUUUGAUGUUAAAAUCUUAAUUAACUGACAAAAAACUAGUUUCAAAUAAGAAAUAAAUGAUAAAUUGUAAGCAUUUAAAAAGCCAACUAUAAAGUGAAUGGAAAAAUAUUCUGCAUGUUUUUACUGUACAGUUUUUUAUUUUUUUUGCUUAUUGAUUCUAACUUUUGUUACAAAUGUUUUUCUUUUAAAACACUUGUAAACUGUCUUUGACUUUAAUCACAUUGAGUAACAGCAAAUAAUAUUUAGUGUGUUCUAUUUAAAAAUUUGAUGUGAAAAUUUGGGUUUAUUUACAUUUUACAUAAUAUAAAUCUAUAUAGAAAUCUGAGUCAAAUGAUUGGGUUGUUUUGGGGGGAAAAACUUAAUUGUGCCACACUUUGUACAUAUUUUUAAAUGUUAUUUUAAAUAUUUGUUUAAGAAAUGGAAAAUAAUUUAACCAACUCUUUAUUUAGGCCUGUCAUAUUUUCAAUAGUAAAUUGGCAUUCAGUUUGAGAGAUCAGGAAACAUGACAAGUUUUGAGUGAAUCAUUUUUAUCCUUGUGUUACAGUUUAAAUGUUAAUGUAACUUAUAAUUACCUUAUAUUUUAAUGGAAGUAUUUUGUUAAUGCCACUUAAAUCUGUAGGUUUUCUUUGUAAAUUGCAGUUUUAAAUGGUACAGAAGGAUAGGAUUUGCAGAUGAUAUAUUUUUUCUCAUGAGUUUCAUUUUCUAAAUAUAACCAUAAUGUACAAAUAUUGUUAGCAAACUUUGUUUCCAAUCAGUAUGGUGGCUUUUCAAGAAAAGAAAACUGUAACUUUGAUAAUGUGGAGUGGCUGCUUGUGAGUGAAUGUUUAAACUACUUGCAUAUUACAAUACGAUCUGUGAGAUCAAUGUGUAUCAUGUUUAGUGAAGAUGAAUGCAAAAAUUUAUUUUACGCGACAUUUGCAUUCCUUUUUUCUGAACAUUUUUAUAUUGAAUUAGUUUGCAUUUUCACAAUGAUCUGAACUGUGAUGUGUAUUAAGUUCCAAUAUUAAUAGGAGCUCCAUAUCAAUAUUUACAAUGUAACUUAAAUUAAUUAGUUCAUCCAUACAUUUUUUUGUAGUCAUUAUAUCCAUCACCAGUAGUUUUCCAUAGUCCUUUUAGUUUGUUGAUUAUUCAGGAAAUGAUUUAUUAUGUAAGGACUUAUUCAAAAAGUAGGUGACUUUUGGAGUUCUACAAGCCAGUAAUUUUUUGUUUUGUUUUAAUGUUAUUGCAUAUCUGUUACACUUUAAUUCUUUCCAUCAUUGAUAAGUGUACGCACUAUUAACUAAUGAACAGUUUUCAUAUAGUAAUUUUGUCAAUGCAACCAGUGCAUUAAUACUGUUCAGUCCUUCUGCUGGUACCCCCUAAACAUUUGUAUUGUAACUAGUCAAAUACCUACAUCAACAGAAAUGAAAAUAUACUUCUCAUCUCACACCUAAAAGUAAUGUAGGCAGUGUUUUUCUCUAGCCUUGAGCACCAAAGCAUUGCACUUCUGCAUAAGGAACGGUACUGUUAGUGGCAUACAAGUGUACCAGCAGGUAGAUUGUUCUGUAAGUGUCACUGAACACAAUUCUGUGACGUUUAUCCCCUUAUUUAUUUCUAUGUAAUGAUAGAUAACAGUCUCAAGAAGUAUUGCUCAAACAUUGAAAAUGAAGUGGUUUUAUGAUAGCAGUUUAAGUAGAGUAAAUGGUGAGACUCAAUUUGUUAUUCUUUGUGAGAAUAUCAAUGUUGUUUUUUUUUUACUUAUUGUAUGAUGGUAAAUGACAUUCCUCCUCUUUAUUUUUGGACAACUAUCAACCUCUUUUUAGAAAGCUUUAACUAAAAUGGAAUGAUUUUCAUUUACUGAAUAUUAGAAUGUAUUGUUACGUUUCAGUGUAAGUAUAUAACUUAUCAAACUUUAUUGAAAGAUACAUGUAAAUAUAUAUUUUAUGUGAUAUUUGUGGGUUCAGUAAAUAUAAAUGUAUACUAUUUCUGAAGUUUCAAAGAAUCUUUUUAUUUCUUCAUUGUAAGACUUUGAAUGUUUGUGUUCUAUAUCCAUACAUUUGGUGACAAAAAGUACCUACAUUAUUAUGUAUUCAUACAAUCCUUCCUCAUAAACAGUUAUGCC